AUGCUUCACCAGCAUAGAUCGUUCGGCAUUAUAUGCGCCAACAAGCUGUUAAUCGCUGUCGUUGCGCCGUCACAUCUGCCGAGCUUCGCGCAGCCGAUCGGUAAUGUGACCGCAGCCAUCGGCAAAGAAGCCAUUCUACCGUGCACGAUCCGGAAUCUCGGAAAUUACAAGGUGGGAUGGCUACGGAUGGAGGAUCAGACGAUAUUGUCGAUGGGUCAGCAAAAGGUGACCCACUCGCCCCGGUUCCUCGUCACCCUGGAGAACGCGAAAUCGAAGAAUCAGAGCCAAUCGAGGGACGAGGAGGAGGCCACUUCUCGACUCCAUAUUCGCCAGCUAAGGGAAGCUGACCGUGGCUGCUACAUGUGCCAAUUGAACACCAAGCCCAUGUUCAGCCAGCUGGGAUGCGUGGAUGUCCUAGUUCCGCCGGAUAUACUGAGUUCCGGCACCUCGGAGGGUGAGGUCUCCGUCUUGGAGGGCGAGAAUGCCACCCUCUCGUGCAACGCCUCUGGAAGGCCGCCACCUCGUGUGCUCUGGCGACGGGAGAAAAGUGGUUUCAUACUUAUGAGGGGUCUUCACGAUCCGCUGAUACCAGUGGACAGCCCGUCCGGCGAGAAACUGGAAUUAACCAGGGUAGACAGGAGGCAAAUGGGAGCUUAUCUUUGCAUAGCCAGAAACGAAGUGCCUCCGGCAGUCAGCAAGAGGGUCUACCUGAGGGUAAAUUUUCCACCGAGCGCGAAGGUAUCGAAUCAACUGUUAGGUUCACCGCUGGAGACAGACGUGUCCCUGCUCUGCUCGAUCGAAGCGUAUCCAAAGACGAUCAACCUGUGGACUAGGAAAGGUCAAGUCAUCAUGACCGGCGGUAGAUACGAGAUCAACGAACGGGGACAUCCGGACGAGGAAUGGAAGACAACGAUCGAGCUGAAGAUAAAGCGGUUGGAGAAAACGGAUUUAGGAGAGUACACGUGUUCCGCGUCCUCCAGCAGGGGGGGAGCCGAUGCUACCCUAAGGGUAUACGAGAUCGAAAGAGCAACACCGCCCACGCGGGCCACAUCGGCCAACUGGAAAAAAUUGAGCAAAGGGAGAACGAAGUUGACGCAAGCGACGACGAUCAACCGGGUUUUCCAUCAGAUGAGCACGCCAGCGAUGCAGAAAAGCACCGCUAAGAUCGUUUACAGCAACUACCAGAUCACCUCGACGACACCGGACCCGCGUGCCCCGUUCAUCAAGGACGAGAACGUGUUCAAGAGUCACGAGAGAUCGAACGCGAGCAGUCAAGCGUACCCGCGACCCGCCGCCACACGAAUCCACGUGUUCAUCUGCACGUUACUUUUCUUCGGUCUACGAUAAACUCGAGGGCCGCCACCCCCAUCUGU